GAGCUGGGGGUGGAGAACACUUGAGGACUGGAUAAGACAAGAUCACUGGCAGCAGAGUCCUUCAUGUUGACAGCACUUGUCUUUCAGUGACAGGAGGACCACACCCAGGGUCUGCAGAACCUCUCGACACACCGGACUGGGUCUGAGCGAUGACCAUGGGGCCCGGCCGCUGGCUAUUGGCCUUGCUGUGGCUCACCUACUUCACCUUCACAGGUUAUGCACAGUAUGUCACUCAAAUUCAACCAAAUGAUGGAAGUUUAAAUGGAGCAACGAUAGUCACCAUUCUUGGCAGUGGAUUUUCCCAGGCAAAUCAGUUUAACUACGGACCGGGUGAAAGUCAACUCGGCAAUAGCGUGAUGAUGGUCUCAAAUACGAGGUCAAUCCCCUGUGAUGUGGAUAAAGACUCCUCUCGUGCGACAGUAAUCACCUGCUACACCAGACCAAUGCCAGCAGACAACUAUGUGGUCCAAGUCAGUGUGGACGGGACGAUGAUCCCUCAGAGCAACAUGUGCAAUGGCAACUACAACUCGUACUACUGCAGUUUUUAUCCACGAAGUUACAGAACGCCAACAAUCAGCCAGAUCACACCUCAGACUGGAUUGCCAGGAUCCCUCAUUACAAUCAGGGGCAUGAUCUUCACUGACGUCUACGGCAGUAACACGGCGCUGAGCUCCAAUGGACUAAAUGUUAGGAUUUUAAGAGUUUACAUCCGGGGCAUGCCGUGCGUACUUCUCGUGCCCAAUUCUGACACCCGCUAUGGCCUCGCCCUGGAUAAUCAGUACAGUUAUUGGGGAACAAUGACGUGCAGAAUUACGUCCACUUAUGUGGGUCACCAUAAUGUGAGCUUCAUUCUCGACAGCGAUUACGGCAGGAGUCUCCCUUACCUGAGCACCUACUUCAUCUCUGCUCUCGAUAAGCUGGCAAUGUUUCAGUCAUAUGCAGAGAUUUACAGCAUUUUCCCAUCUGCUGGAAGCCUGGAAGGAGGAACCAUUUUAACAAUAAAUGGGAAUUACUUUGAUCAGACAAAUAGCCCAGCGAGAAUUCUAGUGGGAGGUCAGGACUGCCCACUACUGAGCUUAUCGAACAAUGUGAUAAUCUGCACGGUCCCUGCACAGCCGGUGACGAACAGGACGCUGUUUGGAGGAGGAAGGGGCCUACAACUGGAAGUUUGGAACAACACCGUUCCCCACACUCUCGAUGACGUCCUGGCAUAUGACACCUCAAUGCCAGGCUACUACACCAUGUGGGUGGAUUCCAGCUCCUACGCCUGGCCUGCCAACUACAACAACUUUGUUGCCCGUCUCAGUGGCUUCUUCACGCCAACAGUAACGGACGACUACAGAUUUUACAUCAGAGGGGACGAUCGCUGUGCUCUCUACUUCAGCCAAACAGGACUUCCCAAAGAUAAGGUGAAGAUUGCUUACCUGACCUCGGCGAGAAGCAGCUUUUUCCAAGACCCAAACCAAGCAUCCCAGUUGAUGCAUCUUGAGGAAGACCAGGAGUACUAUAUCGAAAUAUUAUUCCAGCAAUAUAGCAGUAAUGCAUUUGUCGACUUAGCAAUUUAUCAGAAGAAUACGUCCUUUACCGCACUGCAGACUCCUGAUGCCAUCAGUGAAGUUCAGGUCAUCAACACGCAGAGCAUCGUUUUAAUUGAGAAACAGGAAAUUUGUUUUGUGAACUGGACAUCCGAGACUCCAGUGAAAGAAGUUCAGCAGAUUGUGGUUAACAGCAGCUGUUUUAGCCUGGGCUACUGUGCUUAUCUCCAGUACACCCUGAUCUAUAACAAUGAAAAAACAGCCCCCAUUUCGGUUGACGCCUCAAGUGAUGUCAUUCAGAAUGCUUUAAAUGCCUUUGACUCAAUCAAGCCAGACAGCGUUGUGGUGACAAAGACGGAGAGUGCCAGCGGGUCUGUGUACAUCGUGACAUUUGAUUCUACUCGAGGAGAUUUCAAUGUCCUCCAGUAUGACACGGGUGGAAGUAACAUCAGCAUCAGCAUCUCUGAAAUAACCCAAGGCAAGCCCGGCCUGGACACCUUCACCUUGAUGUGGGAUGGGGUGACGUCCAGUCCCCUUUCAGCCAAUGCGACAGCCGGCCAGGUCAAUGAUGAGCUGUGGGGUCUGCUCAGUGCCAAAUGUCCAAGCAGCAUAAACGGCUACACUGAAGGUCCACAAGUGAAGUACUUCAGGGACUAUGAGACGGCUGCUGAGAUGCCAACAGGAAACCAGAGGGGGACACGUGUGUUCAACACGGAGGCUUUCUGUGGAUCUUACAGUCUUAUGACCCCCCAGAUACUAUUUGACUCCAAUGACGUGACAAGCUCAGGACUCCCAUAUGGCAACGUUUCACUACUCACUUACGACACGCUGUGCUUUGCGUACCGAGGAUUCAUCAGCAAUACCAUUGGAGUGACGUUCUCCUACGUCCAGACAGGCGCCAAAUCCCCAAGUACCUCGAAUGGCCUGUUGGUGGUCGACAUUACUCAGGGGGCUGAGUGGCAGUACACCUGCAUUGACCUUCGGCAGAGUUUGCAGGCCUCAUAUCCUGGAUCUUUUUAUUCACUCCAACAAAUUACUCUUUCCCAGAGCGAUCCAAACCAGGAUUUCUUCAUCGACACGGUCUACUGGGGAAGUGGACCUUCAUCAUUCAGCCCACCAGACUUGCUUUUGAGGAGAAAUGCUGCUUUGGCAGAACGAGGGGUCUUUGUGCACAACAUCGACGUGGUGAAGAGCCAAGAAGCGGGGACUUCCAAUAACUGCUACACAAUCUCACUCACCCCCUUCAACUGCGGAUGUGAUUUUCCGUUAUUGGGUAUUGCCUUCGCACAGGUUCUUUCUGGAGAUGGUGAGACGACUGCCACCUAUGGAGGGUCCAACUGGGAUGUUGCGGCGACUAUGAAAGUAACGAGACUUCAGCCUGCAUCUCCACCAGUCGGCGGUGUAUUUGACCUGAGCAUCUAUGGACAAGUGGUCAAUGGUAUCCCUGUGAAUAGUUCAGCUCUGGACCUGCAGUUUGCUUUAGAAAGCAUUCCACAAAUGGGGCAACUGGCAGUUUCCAGGAGUGGAGAUUGUCGCGGCUACUCGUGGACAGUGACGUGGCUGAGUGUGCCAGGGGACCAGCCGCCCUUUGAGAUCAACAGCUCAUCUGUCACCGGGGUCAAUGCGUCCAUCACAGCAAAUACUCUAACAGAUGGCGGGGCAAUGAGGCGGCACAUCUUCGGAGACGCCUUACGUGUGCCCAGCACUGAGCCUCAGGUUCAAGUUUAUAUCAAUGAUAUCAUGUCACUGUGCUCAGGAAACUGCACCUAUCAGUGGGACCCGAUGACUACACCAGUUGUUUCAGCAAUAACUCCAACCAGUGGAUCAUCUGCUCUGGGAACCAUUCUGACAAUAACAGGCACCAGACUGUCAAGUUCCUUGGCCAACGAGAGCACAUCUGUUUCUAUUGGAGGAGCAAACUGCACUGUUACCCAGAUAAGCGACACCCAAAUCACGUGUGAAGUUGGAGACGCAGCGGCUGGAUCCGCUCCAGUGACUGUCUAUGUGCCGGCCGUCGGGUUGGCUCAAAGCCCCUUCACCUUUGCCAACCUGCUGGGAGUGACGAGUGCGUCCCCUCUGACUGGCAGCAUAGCAGGAGGAACCGUACUUACACUAACUGGAUACGGAUUUGGUCCAGACACCACCGUCACAAUGAAUGAGCAGCUUUGCACGGUUUUGACAGUAAAUCUAAACGCAGUCCGGUGCCAAACGCCUGCAGCGGCCCCUGGUGCUGUCACUCUGACGGUGAGGACGGCUGGAAUGGAGGACUCCCUUGACACGACUUUCACAUACGACAUGGCAGUGACCCCCAUCAUUGAGAGCAUCAGCCCUCAGACCACUAAUGUGAUGGGGAACACCAGCCUUACUAUUUCAGGAAGCCAAUUUGAGUCCCAAAGCUCGGUCUUAAUCGGCAAUUCAAACUGUAAGAUAACCGAAUGGACAAACAGUGUCAUCAUUUGCACUCUACCAGUCCUCCCACCGGGCACCUACAACAUCCUCCUGCAAGUAGGAAACUGGGGAUACGCCAACGCGAGCGAUGGCGUCAACACUUCUAUCGAGUACAUUCUGGAGAUCAACAGCGUGUCUCCUCUUGAAGGUUCCAUGUAUGGUGGCACCACGAUUUCAGUGACAGGUUCGGGGUUCAGUACAAAUCCCAAUGACACCCAAGUCUUAAUGGGGAACAACAUCUGCAAAGUAACCUUGGCCACAGAAAGCGAACUGGAAUGCGUUGUUCAGCCUGCUGGAAACCUCCACGUGGUCACCAAUCUUGGCAUUGAUAUCAACAGAGGCAUUGGCUACGCUUGGACGCCAUCAUCUUUGGAGGUGUUUGUUGGAGACACGGUUCAAUGGCAGUGGCAGGCUCAGUCCCUCAUUGGUGGAAUUGGCUACCGGGUUUUCAGUGUUGCCAAUCCUGGCGAUACCACCUUUAGCGGCCAAGGAUUUAACAGCGGGCCGAGCGGGACUCCAUCUGGGUUUUUCCAGUACCAGUUUUUGGUUCCAGGGGUGUAUUAUUACAGCAGCGGCUACAUCGACGCAGCCCAAACCACGUUCCUCCAAGGAGUGGUCACCGUCCAGGCCUUACCAGACAGCCAACAGCAGGUUCACAUCUCUGUCGCUGGACAAGAAGCUAAUUAUGUGCCAACCACCCCUCGUUCUAGACGUGACGUGAAUGAUUGUACAGAGACAGCUCUGAACUGCAGCUUGACGUCUACCCUUAACACAAGCAGAGACGGCUUCUUCUUCCAUUUCUCCAGUUGUUACUCUCCCACCAUAACAGGCAUCAGCCCCUCCAGUGGGACCAUCUAUGAAGUGCUCACCAUCAUGGGCACAGGAUUCAGUGAUAUUGCAUGUGCUAAUCAAGUAACUGUUGGAGGUCAUCCUUGUGAUGUCAUUAGCAGCACAUCCACAGAAAUUAAUUGCACGGUGAAUCCAGAAAACGUCUUGCCCGUGGGUUUUGCUGAACCAGUGGCCGUGAGGGUGAAUAAUCUGGGCAAUGCCAUCAGCACAAUCAUCAAUGAACUUGAUCGCCGAUUUGUUCUGUUGCCUGUUAUCAGUUUUAUCAGUCCCAGUGUUGGAUCAACCACAGGGCACACUCGGGUGACCAUUCAGGGCUCUGGGUUUACGGGACAGAACAGCUCCUUAGGAGUGACAGCAGUCAACUUGGCCUGCUCCACCGUGUCUGUGAACUACACAACCAUCAUCUGUGAUACAGCGCCCUCUAGUGCAAGAACAGGGAGAGUUCAGGUUUCAGUAAAUGGAAUCCCUGCUGCCUGCCAUUCCGACUGCUCUUUUCAAUACACGGCAUCCUCAACUCCUGUAGUACAGAGUCUGACCCCCAGCACAAUAGACAGCAAUUCAACACUCCUUUCUAUUAGUGGGGCAGGCUUUGGAAACAACACUGAAGAUGUCGUCGUCUUCAUCGGCAACUUUACCUACCAGCCAAGUGAGGUCGCUGAUGCAGAGAUCACCUGUCCCAUUGGGGCGCUGCCGGCUGGAAGUUACAUUGUGAACGUUGUGGUGAUGAGCAAAGGGUUAGCCUCUGGCAGCCUCACCAUAUCCAGUCUUGCAACUGCCACGCUUUCACCAAACUCUGGAAGCAUCCUCGGCGGGACGACACUCCUCAUCACUGGGAAUGGAUUUGAUCCCGGCUACACGACCGUCACCGUGGGGAACACCCUUUGUCCCAUCACAUAUAUUUCAACAAGUGAAAUUGAGUGUGUAACACCUCCACAUAACCAAGGAAAUGUGAAUGUGAUAAUCGGAGUUUGGUCGACUGUCUACUCUUCAUUAAACUUUCUGUACUCGCAGACAAACACUCCGGUCGUCAGUCUGGUCAGUCCAUCAACAGGAGCUUUUGGAACUGUCAUCUCCAUUAGUGGAUCCAGGUUUGGUUCUACAGUUCAAGACAUCUUUGUGACCAUUGGAGACGUCCCUUGCAUCGUUGAGGCUGUCUCCGACUCCCAGGUUCUGUGCACGGUUGGAAGCCACUCAGGCGGCUCCUUCCCAAUUGUUCUUCGGCAUGCCGUUCUGGGAUACGCAUCAUCCAGUGUCUCCUUUGAAUAUGAACUGCUGAUAACGUCGGUCACACCAAAUGAAGGCAGCUUUGGCGGUGGUUCCAUUCUUGAGCUGGAAGGAGCUGGAUUUGAUGGGCUGCUCUCAAGUGUAUCUGUGUGCGGCAGCACGUGCAUAGUGGACACGCAGAGAUCUAACGCAAGCACCUUGUAUUGUGAGGUGCCACCUUCUAAUGGUACAGGGACGCAGCUGGUCUGUGACGUGAGUGUUGUCAAUGGAAACACAUCAAUGACCUCACGACAAGCCUUCACCUAUAAAUCUUCACUGACCCCUGUAAUUACAAGUGUGUCCCCCAGAAGAGGUGGCACUGGUGGUGGCACAAGCCUUACUAUCACGGGAUCAGGUUUCAGUUCCACCCUCAGUGAUGUCCAAGUGACAAUAGCAGGGACACCUUGUGACGUGCAGCUCGCCAGCAGCACUCAGAUUAUUUGUGUCACCAACAACAACUCGCAAUCCCAGCAGACUUACGUGAAAGUGAACAUUGGAGGAAAUGGAAUUGCCAAGCUGGAUAAUGCCAGUUUCUUUUAUAUUGAUGUCUGGUCAUCCAACUUUACGUGGGGUGGGGACUCGCCACCCGACGCGGGAUCUCUGGCGGUCAUUUCACAAGGACAGACGGUCUUACUGGAUGUAAGCACUCCAGUACUGAAGAUGCUUCUGAUUCAAGGUGGAACUCUGAUCUUUGAUGAGGCCGACAUUGAGUUGAAGGCAGAAAAUAUCUUAAUUGCCAAUGGAGGGACACUGCAGAUUGGAACAGAAGCUGCCCCCUUCCAGCACAAGGCUAUAAUUACUCUUUAUGGCCAACUUCGUUCACCUGAACUUCCGGUGUACGGCGCCAAGACCCUGGCAGUCAGACAAGGAGUCCUUGACCUUCACGGCGUACCCAUCCCCGUCACGUGGACCAGACUGGCACAGACAGCAAACGCAGGCUCCUCCACUUUACAGCUACAGCAGUCGGUGACCUGGAACGUGGGCGAUGAAAUUGCUAUCGCAUCUACUGGAGACAGACUCAGCCAGAGUGAAAAUGAACUGAUGGUCAUUCAGUCCAUAUCUCCAGAUGGAAAGACGUUGACGCUGACCCAGCCCCUGAACUACACACACUUAGGGGUGUCGGUAACGCUGCCAAAUGGAAAAGUGUUUGAAGCGAGAGCAGAAGUGGGAGUUCUAACACGAAAUAUCGUCGUGCGAGGGUCAAACAACGAUGAAUGGGAUGACAAGAUCCCAGCCUGCCCUGACGGAUUUGAUCCUGGUGAAUUUGCAGUUCAGACGUGUUUCCAGGGUCGAUUUGGAGAAGAAAUUGGCAGCGACCAGUUUGGAGGCUGCAUCAUGUUCAAUGCUCCACAGCCGAAUCUGAACCUGGCCAUUGGGAGGAUAGAGUAUGUGGAAGUAUUUCAUGCCGGGCAAGCCUUCAGACUUGGGCGUUAUCCGAUCCAUUGGCACCUCAUGGGAGACAUUAACUUUAAGUCUUAUGUCCGAGGCUGUGGUAUCCAUCAGACGUAUAACAGAGCGGUCACGAUCCACAAUACACAUCAUCUGCUGGUCGAGAAGAAUGUCAUCUACGAUAUCAUGGGUGGAGCGUUCUUCAUUGAAGAUGGCAUCGAGACAGGAAACAUUCUCCAGUACAACCUGGCUGUGUUUGUCAAGCAGAGCACCAGCCUUCUGAAUGAUGACGUGACUCCAGCAGGGUACUGGGUGACCAACCCGAACAACACAGUCCGCCACAACGCAGCAGCUGGUGGAACUCACUUUGGGUUCUGGUACAGAAUGCACAAUAACCCCGAUGGACCAUCCUAUACCCCCAACGUCUGCCAAAAGAGGGUGCCACUUGGGCAAUUUUACAAUAACACUGUCCAUUCUCAAGGGUGGUAUGGAAUUUGGAUUUUUCAGGAAUAUUUUCCGAUGCAGCAAGGCUCCUGUUACUUGAACGCCCCCCAGCCAGCAGUUUUUGAUUCACUGACGACUUGGAACUCUCAGAAAGGAGCCGAGUGGGUGAAUGGUGGAGCUCUGCAGUUUAAAAAUUUUGUGGUUGUAAAUAACGAACUCGCUGGGAUUGAAAUGAAACGAAUUUUGUCUUCCUAUGUGAAAGGCUGGGGUGAAACGAGUGGCGCCAUGAUUAUGAAUGCCACUGUGGUCGGACACUUGGACCAGCUUGGUCUUGGCCCUAACCACUGCUCUACCAGAGGAAUCGUUCUUCCAUUUGAUGAAGGACUCACUGUGGAAGCAAUCAAUUUUGUCAACUUUGACCGCUCGGGCUGUGCUGCCAUUGGCGUGACAUCGAUUGAUGGAACUUGUACUGACAGAUGUGGAGGCUGGAGCGCAAGAUUUAGUGGCGUUCAGUAUUCUAAUGCCACCAACAAGGCUGGCUUCAGAUGGGAACAUGAAGUGGUUCUGGUUGACAAUGAUGGGACACUUACAGGAAAUGCCAACUACAAGGUGGUCGCCCAAAGUGCCCUGCUGGAUCCUGCGCACUGUGCUCCUCCGACACCUGAAUGGAGUGCGGGCUUCCCGGGCUCAGUAUGUGACUCCACGGUCUCCUUCCAUCGCCUGGCGUUUGGCAAUGCUUUACCUUCAUCGCUUUUUGGAAAGAACGCCAUCCUGACUGAUGAUUACGGGAGCAGCGUAGUUCCUUUCUUGCCAAAACGUUUGACCUACAAACCUGGCUGGAUGGCUUUGAUCCCCAAUGGCAAAACCUUCAACUGGUAUUUCCAGAAUGCCGGCCAAAUUACAAACAUCUCCUAUCUUGCCACUUUCUAUGGGUUCAAGAGUCCGGAUUUUGUGAUCAUCUCCCACAAUUUUACUCAGCGUCCAGAUAUGUUCAACAUUGUGGACACCAGGAACGAGUCGAGCCAUCCUCUGAACUCGAGUUCGAAUGUCAACGGAGACUGGUAUUUUAACGACAAUACCACAACCCUUACUUACCUAAUGUCUGGCACACAGAAUCCUCGGAAAAGGCGCGACACCAGUGUGGACCCAUCGGUGGUGGACAUUAAUGUGAGGUUCAACGUUUACAGCUGCUUCUUCAAGAACUGCAAUCCCCCCAUUCCCCCCACAGUGGCACCACUCCCGGAGACAAGACCUGGCAAUUUUGACUUGUGGUCCAAUAACUCGUUCUGGACGUCUUCGGCUGAGAACAACUACACGGUCCCCAAAGAAGGUGCCGAUGUCGUGAUUCCGGAAGACCGAUGGGUAGUGAUGGAUGUAAAUAUCCCCACCUUGAACAAACUUACUAUUUAUGGAGUUCUGGAAGUGCCAAAUAAUGUAACUGGAAACAGCACGUCAGCCACUAAUACAACCAGACAAGUAAUUGUGAGAGCGACCUACAUAUCAAUUCAGGGUGGAAAACUAGUAGCGGGCCAAGAAGAUGCACCUUUUCCAGAUGAACUUCACAUCAUUUUAGUAGGGAACCAGCGGACACCAGAGUGGCCCCUGCCAAAUGGGCCUAACCAGGGGGCAAAGGUUUUAGGUGUCUUUGGGAUAUUAGAUCUUCACGGGAAGCCUCACGCUGUGUACCGUACAAAACUUGCUCAGACGGCAGAAGAGGGCUCUGACGUGAUCUCAGUGACUGAAGCAGUUGACUGGCAGGUCGGUGAUGAUGUGCUGAUCACUACUACCAGCUAUGACGCCUGGCAGACAGAAACGAGGAAGAUCAUCGGCCUUUCACCAGACAUGAAGAACCUAACUCUGAAUGAAUCGCUUACCUAUACACACAUUGGUGAAGCCUACAAUGUGAACGGUACCGAUCAGGAGUACAGCCUGGCAGGCGACGUGGGACUUCUGAGUCGCAACAUCAAGAUCUACAGUGAAGAUUACCCCGGCUGGUACCAGGAAUCCUAUGGCGCCCGAGUGUUAGUUGGGACCUUCUUUGAGAACUUGCAGUACACAGGAACUGCCAGAAUUAGCGACGUUGAAUUCUACCACAGUGGCCAAGAAGGAUUCAGGGACUACCCUGAUCCCCGAUACUCGGUGGCUUUUGUUGAUGUUGGAGAGAUUUCUGCAAAUGCUUCUUCUUACAUCAAAGGCUGUGCUUUCCACCAAGGGUUUUCUCCAGCAAUUGGCGUCUUUGGCACCAACGGCCUCAGUGUCCAUGACAAUGUCAUCCAUUUCACCGUUGGAGAAGGUAUUCGAGACUGGGGAAUUAGAAACAGCAUACAAAGAAACCUCGUCGCUUUGUCCGUGUGGCCAGGAACGUAUCAAGGCAGACUGGAGUUAACGAACUCCCUGUGGCAUGCAGCCAUUGAAGUGAACAACGGCAUGAACAGCAUACUUCAAGAUAACAUCGUCAGCGGAUUUGAAAGAGUUGGAUACAGAAUUAAUGGAGAACCUUGUCCAGGUCAGUUCAACCCCGUUGAAGCCUGGCACAACAACGAGGCCCAUGGAGGCUUGUAUGGGGUGUACAUGAACAAAGACGGUUUGCCAAAUUGUUCCUUUGUGCAAGGAUUCAUCGCCUGGAAAUGCUGGGACUAUGGAAUUUAUUUCCAGACAGAGAUGAGUGUUCAGGUCUCCAAUGUGACGCUAGUAGACAACGGAAUGGGCAUCAUGCCAAUGAACUAUCAUCCGCCAUCUGUGUCUCACAACUAUUCAGACAAAACUAUUGAGAUCAAGAACUCUCUUUUCGUGGGCAGCAGUCCUAACUUUAACUGUUCAGACAUUCUCACCAACAACAAUCCCAACAUCCAAAUCACAGUGGCACACAGGAGCACCAGGCCUCUUCAAGGUGGAAGAAGUGGUGCUUGCUGGCCCACCUUUGCCUCUGAACAGAAUCUUUCUCCUGGUCACCCUCAUGCUGGACUGAUGUCCUACAAUACUAUCAGUGGGCUGAUGACUGUAACAGAUUCCACUUUUGUUGGCUAUAGAAACGUUUGCUCUGGAGAGACAAAUAUAAUGUUCAUAUCCAACCCAGAGAAUGAAGACCUGCAGCACCAAAUAUUUGUACACGGCCUAACGCUGAUUGAUAGCACAGAAGACGCCAAGGUUUUCAUCCACAGACCAGAUGUAGGUAAGGCGAAUCCCUCUGACUGCGUGGAUAUGGUUUGUGACGCCAAAAGGAAAACCAUGCUCAAAGACUUGGAUGGAUCCUUCUUGGGUCACACCGGGACUGUCGUUCCCCAAUCCGAGUAUCAGUGGAACGGCGACCCACGCGAUGGUCUCGGAGACUACAGAAUUCCGAAAGUUAUGCUGACCUACUUGAACGGCAGCCGAAUUCCUGUCAACCAAAUUGCACCAAACAAAGGUAUAAUCAGAGACCCCAGUUGUACUUACAUGCCAAGCUGGCAAAGCUACAAGUGCUUCACUCUCGACUACGAGAUGCUGGUGAUUGAAAGUCUAGACAGUGACACGGAGACCCGGCGACUCUCUCCGGUGGCAGUGCUUGCGGACGGCUAUGUGGAUCUGAUCAAUGGUCCUCAAGAUCAUGGCUGGUGUGCAGGAUACACGUGUCAGCUGAGAGUUUCUUUGUUCCACAGCAUUGUGUCCACCAAUACAUCCUAUUCCAUUUAUUUCACCAGCACUAGUCCCCAGAAUCUUCGACUGAUGCUACUAAAUGCUAAUGACACCAAGGUACUUCGAGUGGCUAUAUUCUACUCUGAUCCUCAGCGUUUAGACAUCUUUGUCAACAACUCACUGGUUGCUCCCACAAAUGCUGUAUGGAACAGCGAUCACUCGGACUACACGCUGAACGCGCCCACAUACCCAGAUGAAUUUGUUCCUGAAAUGAACUCCACCAUCUCAGGAUCAAACUACUUUGACGAAGACUACAAAAUGAUUAACAUCUUAAUCCGAGGCUCCACUCCCAUUGAGAUCCAGACUGCGCCAGUCCUCUUCAUCUCCUUUGAAAUGCCAUCCAUGACCGUGGAACAGUUUUAUGGUCCAAGCCUUGUUCAAAACCUUGCCAUCUUCUUGAAUAUCCCGGCAAAUAAGAUAAAAAUAACAAAAAUAGUGCGAGCGAGCAGCCGCCGGAGACGAAGCACAGGGAUAUCCGUGCAAAUAGAGAUAUCAAACCCGCCGGUCCAAAAUUUAAACCAGAAUUCAUCUGCAGGGACACUGAAGGCUCAAGACUUGAUGAACCUCGGCAACAUUAUUGGGAAGCAAGCCAUUACUGGAAACCUCAGCUCAGCAAUUGGCUUUGUCGUUAAGUCUGUCGCUAUCACCUUACCACCCCCUAGUUCAAGUGACCCAGCAUGGAGUAAGUUUGCAUCAGCUGAAGUCACUAGGAACAGCCAAACUCCAGCAUUUGUCUCUACUGUUGACAGUUUAGUUAUCGUCAUACAACCAAUACCAGGACAAACAAGUGGGCUGCUGACUCAACAGCCAUGCAUUAUGGCUGUGGACAGUAACGGUAAUUGUGUGUCGGUAGGAGUGACAUCGUUUGUAAUUAUUGCAAGUCUUAAAAACUCCAAUAACCAGAGCGUAGCAGGACUGGAAGGAAACAUCACCAUCCCCUUCUCCGGCUGCUGGGCUAAUUUCACGGACCUCUCCCUCACAGUCAACGGAACCAACCUGAUGAUUUCAUUUACAAUGAACAAUAUUCAGUCCCAGUCGAGGUCCUUCACACUGGGUGGUCUGACGGCCCCGGCAGCUACCGCAUCGGGCGGUGGAACAACAACGACCACCGGGUCGAACGUCUCGAGCGGAGCUCCGCGGCCCGAGGCUGUGUUUAUCCUAUUCCUUCUGUAUUAUGUGUGCGACUUUCUCUUUAGGGAAUAAAUCACAAACUGUACAACUCUGAUCACGCUGCUUUAAGGAAAUUAGCCUUCAAUGUUAAGAGUUGGAUUACAAAAUCUGGAGUGUAAAAUCCACACAUUUCUGUUUUUUAAAUAAAUUGAAACUUGGAUCAGGUUAAUAGGGAGGCAGAUUACCAUUUCUGAAUGUAAACUGAAAUCUUUCUUAAUACGCAUGUAAUACAUUUGAUUUCUGUGUAAAUGUUAAAUGUAGCUCUUACUUUAUGUUAAUUGACUUUUAAAUUUUGAAGACAAUAAUACAAAGAAUGCAUUUUACAUGGAUGUU